AUGCCUUCUCGUCAAAUAUCGACAGAAAGGGAUAACCCUAACUCGCCGGAUGUGAUACAAGAUUAUGGCAUGUAUCCUGACAUUCCUGACAAUUUAUUGGUAGACGUUGAUACAACACCAUCUGUAUCGUUACUAAGGUCAUCGGCUCCCACUCCAAACUUGUCAAUUCAGGAAAUCCCCACACUUCGUAAUGAAAACGUUGCCAGUUCCCCUACGCCGCCGACACUUUCCGCUAGACGUGAACCUUCACAACCUGAGAACCAGCAGCCAUCUCAACAAGGAGCCACUUCGUAUUGGACUUCCGAUGGUACAUUGAAGAUCAUAGAUUUUACUAAAACUCAAGAGUUAUUAGUUCCAGCUCCAUCAAAUGCAUAUGAAGCAUUUCGGUUACUUUUGGACGAUGAUUAUUUGAAUAUGAUUGUGCAUGAAACUUGUUAUAGAUUAUCAAAAUAA